AUGAGCAAUAUCUUCUUAGAAUUAUAAGACGGUGAUAAGACCGUUUAUACUCACACCUCUUUGAUUGAAGAAUCUAAGCAAGAAUAAAUCUAAGCUAUUUACGACAAGGUUCCUUAAUGGACAAAUGGUGGUAGAUUCUUGGGUUUCUGGUUAUCUAUGGAAGCAGUUAAUCGUGUUUAAUCUGUAGCUAAGUUACCUAUCUAUUAUAGAGCUGGUAUUGUUGCAACUAGCACUCUUUUGGGUGGUCUUGUAAGCUCAUUAGUCUUCUGGAAAAGUGGUAAUGAAAAUUAAGUAGCCAAAUUAGCUAACGGAGCCCCCGUUUAUUUGAAGAAAUGGGAAGUCCCUGAACUCUCAAAGUUAUACUUCUUCUUAGAUGAUGAUAACAACUUCAAACCUUCUCUUAAUCAUCAUGCUGUCACUCAAGGUAGAUAAUAUUACAAGAUUUACUAACACAAUUGA